GCGGCCUCUCAGUCGCUGCUGGAACCGGGAGCCGCGAGGAGGCAGGUCGAGUUAGCGGCGCGCACAGACGACCACCACCCCUCCCCUGAUGCGACCCGCAGGGCUGGAGUGACAGGCGCAGCCGGUGCCUGGCGCAGUAACUACGUAGCCGUCCGAAAACGUGUUGUGCUCUGUUUUUCUUUUCUUUGUUCCUCCCUUUCGACUUUCUUUUUGAGUUUUUCCGGCAGUCCCUGCUGCAAAAAGGAAGCGGAAAAAAGUGUGAUACAUCCAUUUUCGGGGGAUCAAUCAAUCCUCCACCACACAAGGUUUUUUUUUAUUUAAAAAGUGAAGAUAUUAACGUAAAUUAAUUUAUUCUUUUAAAAUCCUCGGAAGCGCCUAAACAGGCGGGACAUUUGUGCUCUCUGAAGACUCGCAGUCGGCGGAUCGCUCAUCGACUGCGAAUCACCGCAGCUUCAAGAUGGCGGAUAAGCAUGGCCGCACAGAUUCGUACAGGGUUGCCACGUACCCUAUCACGCCCGACGACAACAAGACUGCGGACGGCAAGUACAAGUCUCGAAGAAAAGAGAAGGCGCAGCGGAAGGCGGACAACUUGGACGACCUGAAGCAGGAGCUGGACAUAGACUUCCACAAGAUCACGCCUGAGGAGCUCUACCAGCGGUUCAGCACCGACCCCGAACGCGGUUUGACGCACGCCAAAGCGAAAGAGAACUUGGAGCGCGAUGGUCCGAACGCACUCACGCCACCCAAGCAGACACCGGAAUGGGUCAAGUUCUGCAAGAACUUGUUCGGGGGCUUCGCAAUGCUGCUGUGGAUCGGCGCCGUGCUGUGCUUCAUCGCGUACUCCAUCCAAGCGAGCACGGAAGACGAGCCCGCAGACGAUAACCUGUUCCUUGGCAUUGUACUUUCGGCAGUCGUCAUCGUCACUGGAAUUUUUUCGUAUUACCAGGAGAGCAAAAGUUCCAAAAUUAUGGAAUCCUUCAAAAACAUGGUGCCACAGUUUGCCACGGUGAUACGGGAAGGAGAUAAGCUGACGCUGCGGGCAGAGGACAUCGUCCUGGGUGACGUGGUGGAGGUGAAGUUCGGGGACCGCAUCCCGGCCGACAUUCGCAUCGUUGAGUCGCGGGGCUUCAAGGUCGACAACUCCUCCCUCACCGGGGAGUCGGAGCCGCAGAGUCGCGGCGCGGACUUCACCCACGAGAACCCGCUGGAGACCAAGAACUUGGCUUUCUUCUCCACCAAUGCAGUUGAAGGUACUGCCAAGGGGGUGGUGAUCAGCUGCGGAGACCACACCGUGAUGGGCCGUAUCGCUGGGCUGGCAUCGGGACUCGACACAGGGGAGACACCCAUCGCCAAGGAAAUCCACCACUUCAUCCAUUUGAUCACCGGAGUGGCUGUCUUCCUGGGUGUCACCUUCUUCGUAAUCGCCUUCAUCCUGGGCUACCACUGGCUGGACGCCGUCAUCUUCUUGAUCGGCAUUAUCGUGGCAAACGUGCCAGAGGGUCUGCUGGCGACGGUGACGGUGUGCCUCACGCUGACGGCCAAGCGCAUGGCCUCCAAGAACUGCCUGGUGAAGAACCUGGAGGCCGUCGAGACACUGGGCUCAACGUCGACCAUCUGCUCCGACAAGACGGGCACGCUCACCCAGAACAGGAUGACGGUCGCCCACAUGUGGUUCGACAACCAGAUCAUCGAGGCUGACACCACGGAGGACCAGUCAGGUGUACAGUACGAUAGGACGAGUCCUGGCUUCAAGGCCCUUGCAAGAAUCGCGACCCUGUGCAACCGUGCAGAGUUUAAACCUGGCCAGGAUGGUGUGCCCAUUCUAAAAAGAGAGGUCAAUGGUGAUGCUUCUGAGGCUGCGCUGCUGAAAUGCAUGGAGUUGGCCCUUGGAGACGUUAUGUCGAUCCGGAAACGUAACAAGAAAGUGUGCGAGAUCCCCUUCAACUCCACCAACAAGUAUCAAGUGUCCAUCCACGAGACGGAGGAGCCCAACGACCCACGCCACCUCAUGGUGAUGAAGGGUGCCCCGGAACGAAUCCUGGACCGCUGUUCCACCAUCUUCAUUGGUGGCAAGGAGAAGGUUCUGGAUGAAGAAAUGAAGGAGGCGUUCAACAACGCGUACCUUGAGCUUGGGGGCCUUGGAGAGAGAGUGCUGGGAUUCUGUGACUUCAUGCUGCCCAGUGACAAGUUCCCACUGGGCUUCAAGUUCGACUGCGAUGACCCCAACUUCCCCCUGAGCAACCUGCGCUUUGUGGGCCUCAUGUCGAUGAUCGAUCCUCCGAGGGCAGCCGUGCCAGAUGCCGUGGCGAAGUGCCGCUCGGCGGGUAUCAAGGUCAUCAUGGUCACUGGAGACCACCCUAUCACUGCCAAGGCUAUUGCCAAGUCUGUCGGUAUCAUAUCUGAAGGCAACGAGACAGUAGAGGACAUCGCACAGCGCCUCAACAUCCCAGUGUCUGAGGUGAACCCCCGAGAAGCCAAGGCUGCUGUCAUUCACGGCUCCGAGCUCAGGGAUGUCAGCUCUGAAGGACUGGAUGAAAUUCUUAGGUACCACCCAGAAAUUGUGUUCGCCCGUACGUCACCACAGCAGAAAUUGAUUAUCGUUGAGGGAUGCCAGCGAAUGGGGGCUAUUGUCGCUGUGACUGGAGAUGGUGUAAAUGACUCGCCUGCUUUGAAGAAGGCCGAUAUUGGAGUGGCCAUGGGGAUCGCCGGGUCCGACGUGUCCAAGCAAGCUGCCGACAUGAUUCUGCUGGACGACAACUUUGCCUCAAUCGUGACUGGGGUGGAGGAAGGCCGGCUGAUCUUCGACAACCUCAAGAAGUCAAUAGCCUACACACUGACGUCCAACAUCCCCGAGAUCUCCCCCUUCUUGGCAUUCAUCCUGUGUGACAUCCCGCUGCCUCUUGGUACAGUCACAAUCCUGUGCAUCGACCUGGGAACAGACAUGGUGCCUGCUAUUUCUUUGGCCUACGAGGCACCAGAGUCAGACAUAAUGAAACGACAGCCUCGAGAUCCAUACAGGGACAAUCUGGUGAACCGCAGACUCAUCUCAAUGGCAUACGGUCAGAUUGGCAUGGUCCAAGCUGCAGCGGGGUUCUUCGUGUACUUUGUCAUAAUGGCAGAGAAUGGCUUCUUGCCGACUCACCUCUUGGGCAUUCGCAAGCAGUGGGAUUCCAAGGCAGUCAAUGAUGUGACAGACUCAUAUGGCCAGGAAUGGACAUACCGUGACCGAAAGAAGCUGGAGUACACUUGCCACACUGCAUUCUUCGUCACCAUCGUCGUGGUCCAGUGGGCUGACUUGAUCAUUUGCAAGACCCGUCGCAACUCUAUCAUUCAUCAGGGUAUGAGGAACUGGGCGCUGAACUUUGGCUUGUUGUUCGAGACUUGCCUUGCUGCUUUCCUCUCGUAUUGUCCGGGAAUGGACAAGGGUCUCAGAAUGUAUCCCCUGAAGUUUGUGUGGUGGUUGCCUGGCCUGCCGUUCAUGCUCGCCAUCUUCAUCUACGACGAGGUGCGUCGGUUCUACCUGCGCCGGAACCCGGGAGGCUGGUUGGAGCAGGAAACGUACUACUAGGCGCCAUGCGUCGGAGCAGCAAGGGGCGCCCCCGAGCAGAAACGUUAGUGGUGUGUUUUCGUAGCUGCAGCAUUGUUUUAGGGAAAGAAAAAAAAAAAGAAACUCUCGUCUCUGUUGUUUUUAUUUUCCGAGUGUGCAAGCAAGGGCACCUACACGAGUCGUGCAAACAAUGCUCGCUUAACGAAAUGUGGAGGUUUGAGGUGGAGGGGAAAAAAAUUAAUUGAAGCUGUACCCGAACAAUUGCUUUGCUGGAGCCACGUUGUAGUCGGCAGCCGUCACGGCAUGAAGGAACAGACGUGCAAGCCUGUGUGUAGACUUGGGUAGAACAGCUACUUCGCUAUGAAUUUGUCAAGUAUUUUUUAAUUAAUCAUUAAAACUGCAAGAUGUUAAAAAAAUUCCAUACCUUUAGCUAUGUUUGUUUUUGUCUAGAGAAGUACAAUUUUAUUUUGAAGGGUGCAGAUGUAGUGCAAGGGAAAUUGGUGACUUUAUGUGUUCGUUGACUUGGUGUGUGGCCAGAUGCAUUAAAGUGUUGCAAAUUUCAAAGAAAAUAAUAAUUUAAUUCCAGAGUAGUUUAAGCAUGUUAAGAAACAUACUCAAAAUUGUUUGUGAAUAUCAAAUGAGAGAUUAUUUCUGUUGGAUCUGAUAAGAGAAAUGUUUGUUAUAAUAAUGUAUCUUGUACUUCUGUGAAAUGGUAAUUACUCUAAAACGUUAUACAUUGUACAAUUAAGAUGUUCCAGAUGUGUGGUAAGUGUCAGAAUCCUGCAUUGUACAUAAUGUUAUUUUUAAAAAAAGAUAUGCCUCACUGCUGUUUUAAAAGUGUGGUAGGUGUCUAAGAGACGGCAAUGGCAAAGGUCUGGAGAAGAUGCUAAUGGGUGUUUUAUCAAUUGCUCAAGUGGUUAGGGUACGACAUUCCAAAAGAUUUUGAACAGUUGCCUUAAACAAGGAAAGGUUUAGCACACAAUUUCACAUACAAAAAAAACACUAAGCUCGGGACACAUUUAACUCCUUAAGUCAUUAUGUUGAAGCCAUGCAUAACAUGAUAAAGUAUUAUUAUGAUUAUGUUAGCAUUAGGGUUGAAGUUGUUAAGUUUUAUCCUUUGCUUAGUGUGAGAAAAUGAUUCCAAUUUGUUGCAUUUAAAAUGUUGAAACUUGUAAAAAAAAUGUUACAACAAAAAAAAAUAUGUCAACUUUGUUGAAUGUGUGUGUCCCUGCCAGUGCAGACAACAGACUGCCUUUCUGAUAGUGCGUGUUUCUCCCCACUUUUAUUGAAACUCGCUGCCUACAAAGAAGCAAAAUGUAGAGUAAUAGUGUUGUGUAGCAUUGUAGUGUCUCCAGUGGCGUGCUCACUAAGUACUGCUACAUCACGUUUGCUGGAUAUUUAGUGUGUAGCCAUGCAUUUAGACUUAGUCUUCAAGAAAAACAUUGUUUUCAUUCAAGCCUGUUUUACACGAGACAAUAUAUACUACAAUAAAUCAUGCAAACAAUAUAAAAAUUGUGUAGUAAAAGUUUUUUGGUUCUUUGCCAUUGCGUAUAGUACAAUUAAUGUAUGGAAAGUAUGGAAGGGAUGUCCUUGGAACAUGGAGUUGGACAUUGUAGGACAUCCUGGCAGUCUUUCUUGUCUACUGUGAGAAGAGGGCGUAGAGAAUGCAAACAAGUGGAUUUCAUUAUUCUUUGCUAAGAGUUUGUGAAAUUCUGCACACUGCCCAAUAUUAUUAUUUUUCAUAUCGUAAACAUAAUUGUUGUGAGAAUGCAUUGUAAAGGUAAGUAUUUGUUUCAAAUAUAUAUAUAUUUUCUUGUGUAACACGGACUUCUUGAGUGAAGGGCAUCAAACUUAAAAGACACACACACACUUCUUUUUUUUCAAUCAGCUUUUAUAAUUUAAUUUUGUGGGCGAGGAAGAAUGCGGUAGUAUUAUAUCUAUUAAAUAUACAAAAGGUCAAAAAUGAAAACAGAUCACAUCCAUUCCCUACCUAAAAAAGGUUGGAAAUUUAUUUUAACAAAAUAUCAAAUUGAUAAUGUAAAUAUUUUAAGUAUUGUGUAAUCCGAUGACUUUAUUUUUCCUACUUAAGUUAUAAUGUGUGGAGAAACUUACCAUCUCCUUUCUUGUACUGCUUAGAAAGAGAUCAUACAUUUCAAAUUAAGCUGUAAAAAAUAUUGUGAAAUCAGUUUGGUGUAAAUAAAACUAUAUAAAUAAACAGUUCAUAAAACAUAAA